AGAUAUAGUAUCUGUUACAAUAUUCUAAAUGUUUCAAACCUUAGAUACAUUUGAUACAACAUUUUCUGCUGACUCUGUAGAAUGGUGUACAGCAGAAGGUUUUGAAGAUAUUUUUGUAUGUGGAACAUAUCAACUAUUACCUAAAGCAAAUGAAAAUCUUAUUGCUUGUAACAAUCUUGAAAGAAACAAACGCUUAGGAAGAAUUUAUUUGUUUCGAGUAAUUUCAGAUAAAAAUUUAUUAUUAAAACUUCUUCAACAACUAGAUACAGUAGCUAUUCUAGAUAUGAAAUGGGCUCACAUCAAAUGCUUUGAUAAUAAAAUUUUACUUGCUGUUGUAAAUGCUAAUGGAUUCUUACAAAUUUACGAAUUAAUGAAUAAAGAAGAAAAUUUAUAUUUAAGAAAUAUAUAUUUAAAGCUUAUUUCAGAAAUUUUAGUUAAUGAAAGAAAAGAUUUUGCACUUGCAUUAUCAUUAGAUUGGUCAACAGGAAAAAGAAAUGAUAAUAAUAAUAGUGAAGUAAAAAUUACAGUUAGUGAUUCCCAAGGUUUUGUUUCAUUAUUUAGAUUAAUUGAAAAUGGUAUUGAAAAAAUAACUCUAUGGCCUGCACAUGAAUAUGAAGCUUGGAUUACAGCUUUUGAUUAUUGGAAUACUAAUAUCAUUUAUACAGGUGGAGAUGAUUCCAAGUUUUUAUGUUUCGAUACAAGAAUUGGUACUACUUCACCUACAAAUAUAAAUUUAUCUCAUAAUGCUGGAGUUACUAGUCUCCAUUGUAAUGGGAAAAAAGAGUUUUGUUUAGUUUCUGGAAGUUAUGAUGAAUUACUAAGAAUUUGGGACUUGAGAAACCUACGAAAACCAGUUACAGCUAUAAAUUUACAUGGUGGUAUUUGGAGGUUGAAAUGGGAUCCAUAUGAAUCUAAACAUUUGUUGGCUGCUUGUAUGUACAAUGGGUUUUUCAUUGUCAAUUGUAAUGAUUUGAAAAUUCCUAAAAUCAUUGCAGAGUACAAAGAACACAAGAGCAUAGCAUAUGGUUGUGACUGGUCAUACUUAAAAAAACAUUGUGAUCCGAAAAAAAAAUCAUUAAUUAACGAAAAUGUUAUGUUAGUAGGAACUUGUUCAUUUUAUGAUCAUGUUUUGAAACUUUCUUCGGUGACAUUUAAAAAUUAAAAAUUACGUAGA